CUUUAUCACGUGGUACAAUUUAAUAGACUAGCCGUUAAAGGCCUUUUAGGGAAAUAACCUAGCAAACGAAAGAAAAAAAAAUGCUCAUAGUAUGAAAUCGUAAUACUACUAAAAAAAUCGAGUUGCAGUUCCAACAAAUUAAUUACUUUUGAAAAAUUAUAAUUAUAUAAACAUAAUGCGGAUAAAAAAACCUUAUUCAUGUCUUCAACAUGUUGCUGAAUGGUCGAAAAAAUAUGCGAAUUUACCGGAUCGUUACAUAAAACGAUCUAUGGAACAAAUUUAUUUCAAAACACCCAAUGACCCACGUUAUCUUCCUAGAACUCUUCAAAGAACAAAAUGGCAAUUUACAACACACCGACCUUGGACAAGAGAAUUUUAUUUUGAUAAUGCUCCUGGUAAAACUGUUCCAGUUCAUUACAUUGAACCAAUUAAAGAAUGGAGUUUUUUUCGAGGAGAUCGGGUUGAAGUAUUGAAAGGACGUGAUAAGGGUAAACAGGGCUUAGUUCAAAUGAUUAUUCAAGAAAGAAAUUGGGUCAUAGUGGAAGGCUUAAAUACAAAACUUGUAUCAAUGGGUAAAACUAAAAAAUUUCCGGGAAUCUAUGUCUUAGAAGAGCAACCAUUGUUGGUAACUACAGAUGUGGCUUUAGUAGAUCCAAGUGAUAUGCAAGCUACAAAAGUCCAAUGGAGAUACACUGAAGAAGGAGAAAAAGUUCGUGUAUCUACACGAACUGGACGAAUUAUUCCAAUACCAUUAAGUAAUUUAGAAACUAUGGAUUAUAAACAUCCAAAUCUUUACCGAGAGCAAUCAAAAGAUACAACCAAAGACAAUGUCGAAAAAAUUACUUUCAAGCCAAUCUUAAAAACUUUCGAGAUGGAUAUCAUGGAUAAAAUGAAUAUUAAAGAAGAUCGAGUACCUAAAAAAACUUAUUGGUAUUAGAGAAUAAUGGUACUAAUGAAAUAAAUGUAAUGAAAAUCACGUUUUUUUUAAUAAAUAAAGUACACAUUUGAUUAAUAUCUA